CUCCUCUCGGGCACCAUGUGUGAUCAGACCUUCCUGGUUAACGUGUUCGGCUCCUGUGACAAAUGCUUCAAACAAAGAGCCCUCAGGCCCGUUUUCAAGAAGUCUCAGCAACUCAGCUACUGCUCCACGUGUGCAGAGAUUAUGGCAACCGAUGGGCUGCACGAAAACGAGACGCUGGCGUCGCUGAAGAGCGAGGCCGAGAGCCUCAAGAGCAAGCUAGAGGAGGAGCGGGCAAAGCUGCAUGACGUGGAGCUGCACCAGGUGGCCGAGCGGGUGGAGGCCCUGGGCCAGUUUGUCAUGAAGACCAGAAGGACCCUCAAAGGCCACGGGAACAAGGUCCUGUGCAUGGACUGGUGCAAAGACAAGCGGAGGAUCGUGAGCUCCUCACAGGAUGGGAAGGUGAUUGUGUGGGAUUCCUUCACCACCAACAAGGAGCAUGCGGUCACCAUGCCCUGCACGUGGGUGAUGGCAUGCGCUUACGCGCCAUCGGGAUGUGCCAUCGCUUGUGGUGGACUGGAUAAUAAGUGUUCCGUGUACCCACUGACAUUUGACAAAAAUGAGAACAUGGCUGCCAAGAAGAAGUCUGUCGCCAUGCACACCAACUACCUAUCUGCUUGCAGCUUCACCAACUCAGACAUGCAGAUCCUGACAGCCAGCGGUGAUGGGACAUGCGCCCUGUGGGACGUAGAGAGCGGACAGCUGCUGCAGAGCUUCCAUGGGCACGGGGCUGAUGUGCUCUGCUUGGACCUGGCCCCCUCGGAGACCGGGAACACCUUUGUGUCUGGGGGUUGUGACAAGAAGGCGAUGGUGUGGGACAUGCGCUCUGGCCAGUGCGUGCAAGCCUUUGAAACUCAUGAAUCUGAUGUCAACAGUGUCCGAUACUACCCCAGUGGAGACGCUUUUGCUUCCGGGUCAGAUGAUGCAACGUGUCGCCUCUAUGACCUGCGGGCAGAUAGAGAGGUUGCCAUCUACUCCAAGGAGAGUAUCAUCUUUGGAGCGUCGAGCGUGGACUUCUCCCUCAGUGGCCGUCUGCUCUUUGCUGGGUACAAUGACUAUACCAUCAAUGUCUGGGAUGUCCUCAAGGGCUCCCGGGUCUCCAUCCUGUUUGGACAUGAAAACCGUGUCAGCACUCUGCGAGUCUCUCCUGACGGGACAGCGUUCUGCUCAGGAUCCUGGGAUCACACCCUGAGAGUUUGGGCAUAAUCCUCCCACAGCUUGGAAGAACGCGUGUCCUUCCAGGCAGAUACGACUUCUAGACAAGCCCAGGAGCCCAGGGCAACCUCACAGCUCGGCACUCACUAAGCCGCCCCACUGUCACCAUGAAAUCCGCCCCGUCCCUGGAGAAGUACCCAUGUAGGCCUUCAACUGUACCGUCACAUCCUUGUUCCGUCUCACAUGCUUUGUGAAGUCUGUCUGGUUUUGAAGUUUUUCCGACCGGUAGAAUUCCACCUUUAUCAUCAUUUAAAAUGUCCCUCACGACUCCCUCAAAUCCAGUCUGUCUUCAGAGCACUUUAGAUUCUUACCUUUUCUUGGUGUGGCCUGUGGCUUCUGGAACUUUCCUGUGGAGGUGCCAGCUCUAUGGACUGUGAGAAUGACUAUUUGUUGGUCUGCAGUAGAAGAAAAUUCCAGUUCCAAAUGUGACUGCAUAGAACCACUUUUUAAAUAAUGUCUUUAUGUAAAAGUCUCUUUUUUCAACCUGUUCCGUGUGGGGUUUUUUUUAGAUAAAAAAUGUUUUGUUUG